AUGUCCGAGUAUUUUGGAUAUAAGGGCGCUGGCGUGAGAGGUUCAAGUCAGAUGUGGAACCUUGGGAGACUUCCAAGACUUUGGCGACAUCUGCUUCGAAUUACGAAGCAGAGAUGUGGAACCUUGGGAGACUUCCAAGACUUUGGCGACAUCUGCUUCGAAUUACGAAGCAGAGUGACUACGGAGACGUUGGCCACAUGCAUCUGCUUCGAAUUACGGAGCAAAGGGUGGUACUUGACGAACGUCGGAGUGUUUAGGAUAGAAGAGCAGUGCCGUGGGAGGUCCAAGUCAAACGCGGUAGCUGUUUACUUUGGCGACUUCGAAGACGUUGGCAACAUCCGCUUCGAAUUACGGAGCAAAGAUGUAUGUUUGUACUUGAGGGAGGUUGGAGCGUUUGGGAUAGAAGGGCACUGGCGUGGGAGGUUCGAGUCCACUGUGGCACCUUGGGAGACCGGACUGGUGACUUUGGCAGCUUUAGCGACUUCUGAGACUUUAGACAUUAAGCUUAGAGACUGCAGAGACGUUGGCCACAAGCAUCUGCUUCGAAUUACGAAGCAAAGGGUCGUGCCUGACGAACAUCAGAGUGUUUUGAAUAGAAGAGCAUGGAUGGAAGAGCACUAG